UCGCGUCCCUCAUAGGUGACGGUGGUGCGACACAGACGCUACAGUUCGGCUCAGCGGGCGCGGUUGCGUCUAUUCUGCUCUUUCGCCAUCCUCUGCGAAAUACGACGAAAACUUCGUCUUUUCAUCCGAGACAGUUCAUCACGAGCAGAGACUGCCAUGUCACGCGCACUUCCAGUUGACAAGGCCAUUCAGGCAUCGUCUCCAUCGACAUCCGGCGAAGAUCAGCGGCCGGCUGCCUCGGAACGCCCCGGCAACCCGACCCGCGCCGUGCUCCCGCAGUCCGUUCGCGUCGAGUUCGAACCCUCCAUGGCUCCACGGGAACGCACCUUCAUCAUGGUCAAGCCGGACGGCGUCCAGCGAGGCCUCGUGGGCGAAGUCAUCGCACGCUUCGAGAACCGCGGCUACAAGCUGGUCGCGCUCAAGUUCAUGAUGGCCGGCGAGGCGUUGCUCAAGGAACACUACGCCGAUCUCGCCGGUAAGCCUUUCUUCAACGGCCUGGUAAAGUUCAUGCAGACCGGUCCCGUGGUUCCCAUGGUGUGGGAAGGGGCGAACGCCAUCCUGACCGGCCGGGACAUGAUCGGUGCCACCAACCCUCUUCAGGCCAAGCUGGGCACGGUGCGAGGCGACUACUGCAUCCAGGUGGGACGCAAUCUGAUCCACGGAAGCGACGGCGUCGAGAGUGCCAAGAAGGAGAUCGCCUUGUGGUUCAAGGAGAGUGAGCUCGUCGAGUGGAAGCCCCAGAUGGAGUCGUUGUUAUACGAGUGAUGAUGAGGAAGUGGCCGCCGUGUUUUCACCACUCGGGAGUGUGACUUGCUUCUUGUUUCUUUUCCUCAGUGGGUGUGUGUGGCCGAUGCUUUCUCACCACUCGGAGUGCGACUAUUUUUUUCUUUCCGUCAUUGAGAGUGCGUUGCUCUGAACAGUAAAUGUUGCUUGUU